AUGAAGAACAUUUCCGCAACUUUUCUCUUACUCCUCCUCCUCCUUCCCUUGGCGUCAUGCACAAAAAAGAAGCAGAUUUACAUAGUUGAGUUUGGAGCGCACACUAGUGGAGAUAAAACUCUGCAUGAAAUAGAGAAUACCCAUCACUCUUAUUUGCUUUCGUUGAAAGAAACUGAGGAGGAAGCCCGAGCUUCCUUUCUUUAUAGUUACAAACACAGUAUCAAUGGCUUUGCAGCGUUGCUUACCCCAAAAGAAGCCAAUAAGCUCUCAGAGAUGGAGGGGGUGGUCUCUGUGCAUAAGAGCAAGCCAAGGAUCUACUCUAUGCACACCACAAGGUCAUGGAAGUUCGUGGGAUUAGAAGGGGUUUUAAAUCCUUGGGCAGAAGAAUCCAAUCAGACAAAUGAAGACUUGUUAACCAGAGCCAAAUAUGGUGAAGACAUCAUAGUAGGAAUGAUUGACAGUGGUGUGUGGCCAGAGUCAAGGAGCUUCAGUGAUGAAGGGAUGGGACCUGUUCCACAAAAUUGGACAGGAGUGUGCCAAAAUGGAACUGCUUUCGAUUCAUCUAAAUGUAAUAGAAAAAUUAUUGGAGCUCGGUACUACUUGCAAGGUUAUGAAAGUGCAUUUGGCCGUCUAAACGAAAAGGAGGAUUACAAAUCAGCUCGUGACAAAGAUGGACAUGGAACUCAUACAGCUUCUAUAGUUGCAGGCCGUGCAGUUCCAAAUGCCUCAGCCCUUGGAGGCUACGCCAAAGGCACUGCCUCAGGAGGAGCCCCCUUAGCACGCCUUGCCAUAUACAAAGCAUGUUGGCCAAUUAAAGGUAAAUCAAAAGAUGAAGGGAACGUAUGCAUGGACAUUGAUCUUCUCAAAGCUAUAGAUGAUGCCAUUGGUGAUGGUGUUGAUGUUUUAAGCAUUUCCAUUGGGUUCAAGAUGCCACUCUCUUAUGAGGAAGAUGUGAUUGCUAUAGGAGCAUUACAUGCUUUAAAGAAGAACAUUGUUGUGGUUUGUAGUGCGGGGAACUCUGGUCCUUUUCCUCAAAGUUUGUCAAACCCUGCCCCAUGGAUCAUCACUGUUGGUGCUAGUACUGUGGACCGUUCCUUUCUUGCUCCAAUUAAGCUAACCAAUGGCACAAUUAUUGAGGGUCGAUCAAUUACUCCACUCCCCAGCAAAAACAGCUUCCACCCGCUGGUUCUCGCUGGAGAUGUUGAACAUCAAGGCGUGCUUCGUACAAAUUCUGGGUAUUGCCUGGAGAAUACUCUUGAACCUAACAAAGUGAAGGGGAAGAUAGUUGUUUGCAUGAGAGGGCAAGGGGGGAGAUUACUAAAAGGCCUAGAAGUUCAAAGGGCUGGUGGUGUUGGUUUUAUCCUUGGGAACAAUAAAACAUAUGGAAAUGAUGUACCAUGUGAUCCUCAUUUCAUUCCAGCCACUGGGGUGUCCUAUGAGAAUGUCUUGAAACUUGUUCAGUAUAUCCAUUCCUCUCCUAAUCCAAUGGCACAAUUUCUACCAGGAAGAACAGUUUUAGAAACCAAACCAGCACCCUCCAUGGCCUCCUUCUCUAGCAGGGGUCCAAAUAUAAUUGACCCUAAUAUCCUGAAGCCCGACAUCACAGCUCCAGGAUUAGACAUAUUGGCAGCAUGGACUGCAGAAGAUGGCCCUACAAGAAUGACUUUUCACGAUAAACGAGUUGUUAAGUACAACAUCUUUUCUGGAACUUCAAUGUCUUGCCCUCAUGUUUCUGCAGCAGCAAUUCUUAUCAAAGCCAUACACCCUACUUGGAGCAGUGCUGCUAUAAGAUCUGCCCUCGUAACCACAGCCAGGAUAACAGACAACACGGGCAAUCCACUGACUGAUGAAACUGGAAAUCGUGCAACGCCUUUUGCAAUGGGUUCUGGCCACUUGUGCCCUGUAAGAGCAGCAGAUCCUGGACUCAUUUAUGAUGCCUCCUACAUGGACUACCUUCUUUACACUUGUAGCCUUGGAGUAACUGCUCAAAACUUGAAUGUUACAUAUAACUGCACAAAGUCAUUUCCUGAACAGUUCGAUCUUAACUAUCCAUCCAUACAAGUCCAUAGACUCAAUGACACUAGGACUAUUAAGAGGGCAGUCACCAAUGUUGACAGGAGCAGGAGUGUUUACAAGUUUAUUGCUAAGCCACCAAAGGAAUUCUCCAUUACAGCCACUCCAAACAUUCUGAAAUUUAAUCAUGUUGGGCAGAAAAUGAACUUCAUCAUCACAGUGACAGCAAACAGAGGUCAGAUACCAACCAAGUCUGACCCAGAUAAGUACUAUUUUGGAUGGUAUGCUUGGACUCACCAACAUCACGUUGUAAGAAGCCCAGUAGCAGUGUCUUUUCUAUAA